AUGCUCAUUAAUGUAUCAUCUUUGACUAUGAAUGCUACACUGCCUCUAGUUUUUUCUGGUGGUUUUCCAAAGUCUCUCUAUGAACUAGAUGAGGAUCAACUAGAACGAUUCCUGGAGUAUGUAUGGACUUACACAAAUACUGCAAAACAUGCUCGUGUGCUGCCUGAAUAUAACAGCCAACGCAACAGAGCUCAGGCCCUACGGCAAUUGAUAUGUGCACUAUAUGAGCGCCUUGGACUUACCUACCUAUUAUAUUUUUCUGAGGGUCUUGCCAAAACUAAAGGUUCGGAUAUUUAUUAUGAAAUAGAUCGAGAAAAAAAUGACAUUAUUGUUUGGAACAAGAGAAGUAGAUCAGUGAUAGCAAGAAUUCCGGCAUCUAAUGUGUGUUAUGAUGCUGUUUCAGAGAAACUAGAGCGUUACAAAAAGAAAAGUCCUAAGAAAAAGAAAAUGGGAGAAGAUUCUUAUCCAGUAAUAACUAAGGUUUGGUCUGAGGUUCCAGUUGUUCAAAUAGAAUUACCUGAUUCAGAUACUGAAGACUCUUCCUGUAACAAUAAAAAAAACAAGGUGGUUGAAGAUGAUAGCAUUGUUAUAUCAGAUUCAGAAGAACAUCUACCUCUUAGUAACAUAAAAAACCGUCCAAAUGAGGUACCUAGAAGAAAAAAGAUAGAAAGGUGUAGAAGAAGUACAGAGAAAAAUAGAAAUUGCAAGCUAAACGGUGAGCAAGAGAUACCAUUUAUUAACAGUGCUAUAACAAUCACUAAAGUUAUUCCAGACCUAGAGAAAAAUAAUAGAAGUGCACUUCUGAAUGGAAGUCGGAACUCACUAUUGGUGGGUGAUGACAGUCAAAUAGUUAUUUCAGACUCGGAAGAUACAGAGAUCCAAGAAAUUCCUCAUAGAAAGGUUUCUGAUAGAUUGGUCGAAGAAAUAGUGAUCUCAGAUUCAGAAGAUGCUGUAGAUUUAGAGAAUAAGAGUAGUUUUUUAUACCAACUCGGACUUUGUGAGCCGACAAAUCUUCCAGAUGAUCCUAUCAUUCUCCCAAUACCUGGGAAGGGUGAUUUUAACAAAUUCCAUCGACUACCUCUCACAACGAUUCCUCUUCUUGUUAAACACUCAUUAAUUGACAAACACUCAGUAGAGCCAGGUCCACCAGGUCAGAAUUCAAAUUUCACCUCAACUAAUAAAAGAUUUGUCAAUGAAAACAUCACCAAGUCUAAUAAAACAUCGAGAAAAUUUGGAAGAUACAAAACAUUAGACCUAGACAACUGUAACGAAUAUCGAUAUCCAAAAAAGCAUUACAGGGGUGUUCCAUGUGCCCCUUUACCUAUGAGAAUAAGUCAUGGAAAACAGCCUCCUGCAAAAGCCUAUUCGCAUGCAAAAAAAAGAAGUAAAAAUGGAGAACUUAUUAAUAGUAAAAUCUUUAAUUCGUUUGUUAAACUUGAAAAGUUAGAAUUUCAGGUUUAUUUGAAGUAUGCGAAAGAAGUGUAA